CUGCCGCAGGCCAGCAGGUCCCGCCUGCGUGCGGGGGACGCGCCUUCCCGCUUGAGGGGCGGGACUUCCGCCCCGCAGGGGCAGGCGGGCCGGAUAUCCGGCCGACGUCGCCGGAUGUUGACGGUCCGAGAGGCCCGGCUUAGGAUUCUCUCCCACUCUCGGCAUGGCAGAUGACCAUGAAGAGUUGCUAGCGGAUGAAGAGCUCCCGGCUCCAGCUGAGGAGAAGUUUGAACAGCUGGAGAAUGGCAGCCCUGCUGAACGGAGCGGACACGUUGCUGUCACGGAUGGGCACUGCAUGUUCGUUUGGGGGGGAUAUAAGAAUGCUCAAGUGAGGGGCUUUUAUGACUUCUACCUGCCCAGAGAUGAAAUCUGGAUCUACAACAUGGAAACUGGACGAUGGACGAAACACAAGACGACGGGAGACGUCCCCCCUUCCAUGUCGGGAAGCUGUGCCGUCUGUGUUGACAGAGUGCUCUACCUGUUUGGAGGGCAUCAUGCGCGUGGCAAUACAAAUAAGUUCUAUAUGCUAAAUUCCAGAUCGAACGACAAAGUGUUGCAGUGGGUCAGAGUGGGUUGCCAGGGCAUUCCUCCGUCAUCCAAAGACAAACUGGGAGUUUGGGUUUAUAAAAACAAGCUUAUAUUUUUUGGUGGCUAUGGGUAUUACCCCGAAGGGGAACAAAUUGGAACGUUUGAGUUUGAUGAAACUUCUUUUUGGAAUUCCGGUCUUCCUCGAGGAUGGAAUGAUCACGUGCACGUCCUGGACACGGAGACGUUUACCUGGAGCCAGCCCGUCACUACGGGUAAAUCGCCAUCCCCCCGAGCAGCCCAUGCCUGUGCCACGGUUGGGAACAGAGGCUACGUCUUUGGAGGCCGAUACCGAGAGUCUAGAAUGAAUGAUCUGUAUUCUCUCAACCUGGACAGAUGGGAAUGGCAUGAAAUACUCACACAAGGGGUUUGCCCCGUUGGCCGAUCUUGGCAUUCUCUAACCCCCGUUUCCUCUGAUCACCUCUUCCUCUUUGGUGGGUUCACCACUGAGAAGCAGCCGCUCAGUGAUGCCUGGAUUUAUUGCAUCAGCAAAAAUGAAUGGAUCCAGUUUGAGCACAACUAUUCAGAAAAACCCCGGCUCUGGCACACGGCCUGCGCCAGUGACGAGGGCGAGGUGAUCGUCUUUGGCGGCUGUGCCAACAACUUACUUGCCCAUCACAAAGCCGCUCACAGUAACGAAAUCCUGGUCUUUUCUCUCCAGCCCAAGUCUCUCGUGAGACUGUGCCUGGAGGCCGCCCUCUGCUUCAAGGAGCUCCUGGCCAGCUCCUGGCACUGCCUGCCCCCCCACCUGCUCCACAGCCUCCACCAGCGCUUUGGCAGCAACAACACGUCUGGCUCGUAGGGGCCGAGGAAUAAAGCCCUCCUAUAAAGAGAUGUAAUAUUUGACCAUCCCUGCUGUGUGGCAAGCGUGAUGUCUGUAGAGGUGACUUAUUUUUGCCUUCUUGUAGCUAGCUGCUUCUGGACUCUGACCUCCUUUGUUGCAUGUGAAUGGCCUAGAGAGAGAACCUAUUUUUGUGUCAAAAGUUGUUUGCAAUAAAUGUAUUUAAUGCAAGUGCA